GAGCUAAUAGGUAGCGUCUGCUCGGACCAAGGACACAAGACCGCCUUCCAGUGCACCGCACCUGUCGUCCUUUUCUAUCUCAAUUCACUUCCCGGAUACCAGUUCAGUUGACUCGGCUUACGGAUCAAAUAUGAAUCCAAAUGACUCAAUGACACUUUGGAGCUCCUACAAAACCACUGAACAACGUAUUGGACCCCUACCAUCCACAUCUACUCCGUUGAAAACUCCUCGAUCUCAUAGAGGUCCGGAAGAACCAAAUGUCACUACUAUUGUUGUGGAUACUGAGCAGGAUGAAAACAGAAAUUUGUGCAAUUCAACGCAAAGCUUACACAUUUCAUGUCGCACCUGCAGAGAAUUAAAGUUGGAAGUUCAGGAGCUUCGAAAAACUGUUGAAAAACAGGCACAAUAUAUUCAAGUUCUCAAGAAAUCUCUCAACUCAACAAGUGAAAUGGAUUCUUCUGAAUCUCAACAUGGAAAUGGGUCAACAGCGAGUAGCGUCACAAAAAGCAGCACACGCGUCCAGAGAGUAACGCCCACCAAACGAGAUAUGGCAUCCAGUGGCAGUACGAGCACAAGUAGUAGUACCUCAACUCCAGUCGUCAGAAAUAUUUUGCAACAACUAACAACGCCAAGGUCUGCUAGAACAUCUACUAGAGCUGCAUCAGGAAACAGAACACCUACUGGAACACCAAAUAUGACGAGAAACGUGAGGCCAGUCACAAAUAGGACAAGCUCCAGCAACGUAUCCCCAGCAGCACAAGUGACCCCCGGAACCUCUUCAAAUCACCGGUCCAGACUUCCUCCAACGAUCCGAGUGCCUCAAUCUGAGCCGAUUGGAACUCGUUCGCGUCCAGCAAGAUACCAAUCACAAACACUUCCAAGACAAUUAACAGCUAACAAUUCUAGAAGAUCACAGUCUAGACGAAGGCUAUUUGUGGAUGAAGAAAGUAAUAAUGAAGAUCGUAAUGAGGAGCAGCCUGAAGUUAACCAAUACCACCGCACACGCAGUGAAGCAGCAAUCGAGCAUCUCAACAUUUCCCCAAUGAAGGAUGAUCAGUGGGCUCGAGCGUGCCCGCCACGAAUUCAUCUCGAACGAAAUCGCCCAGAAUUCAUCGAACGCGUCGAAGCCCGGCAAAGCAUUAUUCGAGCUGCGUCUGAGAAACGAGCAGAAAUCGAGCAUCGAAAACGACUCGCAGCUAGAGCAGUGGCCAGUGGACAAAGGAGUGUAGAAAGUGUUAGCAGAGAGCUCUUUGCUGAUUCAACGGCAGUCAAAGCUUUUUAUGAGGAAGAUAUGAAGGAGAUGACAAUGAAAAAUAUUCGAAAAUCCCAAUCUUACCAAAACCGAAUUCAUCAAAGAAUUGCCAAUGUUGAUAGAAAGGCCAAUAGAAUCAUUGCACAAACGCAUAGUUUGAGAGCAAGAUCCACUUCUCGAUCACGAUAUCACCAAUAACUGCUUCGAAUCAAAAAUGUAUUGUCCUGUAAAUUGAAAAUGUUCUGUGCCAUUUUGAUCUCAUUAAAAAGUGUUGUACAUUCCAGCUUUUAGCAUAUUUUGUAAUAACAACAAUAGUUAUGAUUAUUUGAUUUUUUAAUGAAACAAAAUGCAUUU